ACGUCGGCGCUUUGGGGAGCUUGUCGAAGAUGGCGGCGCUGUGUGUGUGUCGGUUUGCAAGAAGAGGCUGGCUGUGGAAGCCUCCCUUGGCUACACGUAGAGAAUUCUGGUCUAGAUCCAGGAAGGAGAAGGAGCUGGUGGUGGCCGAGACAGUGGAAGAAGUGAAAAAAGCACCUGCUUUGGUGUGUCCACCCUUACGAAGCCGAGCAUACACACCACCCAGUGAUCUCCAGAGUCGCUUGGAAUCUCAUAUUAAAGAAGUUCUUGGUUCAUCUCUUCCUAAUAAUUGGCAAGAUAUCUCCCUGGAUGAUGGACAUGUGAAGUUCAGACUCCUAGCAAAUUUAGCUGAUGACUUAGGCCAUGCAGUACCUAACUCCAGGCUUCACCAAAUGUGCAGGGUCAGAGAUGUUCUUGAUUUCUAUAAUGUUCCUGUUCAAGACAGAUCUAAAUUUGAUGAACUCAUUGCUAGUAAUUUACCUCCCAAUUUGAAAAUCAGUUGGAAUUACUGAGCAGUCCAGUCAGAACACAGUGAGAUCAUUCUCAUUCUUCUCAUUGGGUGACUGACAGCGAACUUUGUGAGAUGUUACCUAUUAGAACUUGUUUCAGAACUUCCUUUUUUUUUUCUUUUCUCCUUGUAGAAGAACACAUUUUUUUUUUCUCUCAUGGAGCAUCAACAAAGAAAACAUUAUCACAUUUGCUAAAGCUAUUUAUCCCCAAUAAAAUCAAGUCUUGAUAAUUUAUGAAAACAUUCUUAUUCCAUGGUAUAUAGUCAGGGUUGUUGAGAGGAACAGAAGUGGUAGCAUGGAAGCCUAUUUAAAUGGGAUUUAUUAUGUUAGCUUACAUUAGGAUCUGGGUAGUCCAUCAAUGACUGUCUCACACCAGAGAGGCCAAGAACCUCAGGCACAUACUUGUACCCUUCAUGAGGCGGACAGUCUCGGUAGUAGCAAGCCGCUGCUGAAGGCCUCGGGGAGUCUUUGAAGAGCUUACUGGUCUUCAGUCCAUGCUGGCUCCCUGAAGAAGCUGUUCUGAUACAAACGAAGAGAUGCAGCAAUGGCAGGAACGAGAUACAUGUAUUUGCCAGGACAGAGAAGGCAAGCAGGCAGAAAGCAUGGUUCUGCCCACAUUUACUGUACACUUCCCUCUUGAGAGAUAAUCCCCCAGUGGAAUGGCCAGCUGCUUGUCUUUUAGUUGACUCCAGAUCAGUCAAGUUGACAACCAAGAUUAACCAUCACAGGAAAAUGCUAAGUAACUUGGGUUUCAGAUAAGAGGCCAUUGCAAGUUCAAAUGUUUUCUUUGCCCUUCAUAUGGCUAAAGUAGUUUCAAUAAAAUGUUCUAAUCUUAUUAAGGCUCAAAGAUAUGGGAUGAUAUAUAUAUAUAUAUUUGUUUUCCUUUUAAUACUAGGUGUGGGAUAUGGGGCAGCUUCUGAUUGUCCACUGCAGCUGACUAGGAUUUGCCUUGGGGUCUAGCAGGGGCGUGUUAUUUUCCAAUUGUAGAUAGUUUCUACGAUUGUGUGAGGUUUGGAAUUCUGGGGAUUCUUCAGAGGGUAAAGGUUAGGGCCCUAAGAGGGGUGAGUUGUUGAUUGUUGUGUUUGAUAAGCAGUCAUGAACAAACAAGAAACAAGAAGAAGAAAUUAGAUGUCCCAAUGAUGAAGAUCACACUUGCCCCAAGGAACAUGAUGGCCUUUGAUUGGCAGAGUGUAAUGAUAACAUCACCGCCUUUCUCCUCUGUCCUUUUUUCUGUGCUAUCUAGGGGGUUGAAGGGAUGGAAGAAGAGUGAAGAAGGGUGGAGGGAAAAAG